CCCGCCAUUCUUUGCCCAUCUCUUGCUUCCUCAAAACACACCAUGGCUGGGGACGACACCCAAAACACAAACACAAAUACAAAUACCCCCAACCAAGACACCUAUCCCACCCACCACAACCACAACCAAAAUCAACACCACCACCACCACCAUCACUACCACGGCUGGCCCGAAGAUGACAACCCCUUCGUCGCGAUCCGGCGCUUCGCCGACGAACAGAUCUCCUCCGUGCUGCAGUCCGUAACCGGCCUCCCCUCCUCCAUCAACCCCCCCUCCGAACGCUGGGCCAUCUUCGACGACCGCUCGCGCGACAACCCGAACAACGCCAGCGGCAGCGCCCAGAGCUCCGAAGACACCUCCGCCGACCAGGCCACCACGACCACCACCACCAACACCACCGCGUACUGGUCCGACUGGGACAACCCCGAGACCGUCGCCGCGCACCACCACCACUUCUACCCGCGCAACUACCGCAGCGACGCCGACUUCUUCUUCAACUCCUUCUUCGACCGGUUCUGGCUGGACGCGGACAAUGACGACGACGAUUUCGGGGCCUCGCGGCGCCGCCUCUUCCAGCCCUUCCCCCACCGCCCCAUGCUGCACAACCUCAUCAGCGACGCCUCCCCCGCCUGGCCCGUGCCCUACCUGAUGUUCAGCCCGUACUCGCCGCUGCAUCUCGAGCGGCGGCGCGACCGCGCCCGCGGGGAGAGGGGGGUGUUCUCAACCCUGAUGUCCACGCUGAGCCUCUCCUCCGAGGAGGGCGACGAUAACCCCACCGCAGAGCCGGAGUCAGAGCCGCGGUGGCGCGACGCGUUCGAGGACCUCCUGCGGCUGGAGAACGGGAAGCCCAUGCUCGAGCGGGCGGAUACCUCCACACAAACAGGGGGCCGGGAGUCCGGGAAGGACUGGCUGCAGGGCCUCGUGCAGCGGGGCAGUCUGGGCGACCGGUGGAAGUACGUGUCCGGCGAGGCCGGUCCGAACCAGCCGUCGUGGUCGACGAUCACCUUCGACAACUCGCACGUGCUGCCCGACGAUAUCCCGCGGAAGAAGGCCGAGGUCAUCGACACGGAGGACCUUGCGCAGCCCGCUGGCGGGGCCGACGCGCUCGCGGAGCAGGACCUGUACGACCGGUUUUUGGAUGAUCUCCAGGCCCGCGAGCAGGCGUUCGCCCGCGAGAUCCAUCAGAGUCCCCUGCUGCGCUUGCUGCUCGACGACCGCCGCCGCUUCAGGGAGUUGGCGCCGCGCGAGGGGUUCGACGAAUUCUACGGUUCGCAGCAGCAGCAGCAGCAGCAGGCCGACCAGUCUACCACGGACGAGAGUGGUCCGAGUACGGGGGCACCGGCACAAACCCCAUACGUGAUCGCCACGCAAACCCGCACCGAGCGCGUCCGCCUCCCCGACGGCGCCAUCCAGACCAAGACGAUUCGGAAAAAGCGGUUCUCCGAUGGUCGCGAAGAGACGAACGAAAAUGUCGACGUCGUGAAUCCUCGGCUGGGAGAGCAGCAGCAGCAGCAGCAGCCGCCACCACAGUUCUCUGCUGAUGCCGGCGGCGCCGAAGAGAACAAGGACGGUUGGUUCUGGAAGGGAUGAUUUCCUGCGGUCUAAUUUCAAACCCCCGUCGUUCAAACUUCUUUCUCUUGCCACGGUCUCUUUCUCUCGUCCCGCUUUAUUCCCAUCUCGUCUUGGUGUUUGUUUGGUGAUGUCACGGUUAGCGUUUCUUGUCUCUUGUAUUAUCACUCACGACUUUCACUUCACCCACAAUAUGGUUUCUUUUUGUCUCAACUGGUUGGGUAUGGAGGUGCUGUGCUGUAUGCUCGUCUCAAAUACGAAGUAUUAUCUGUAUUUGGCUUGAGGUGUGGCAGGUUCAUCUGGGAGAAAUAGCGUGAUGUACUGUAGCUUUUCUCUCGUGUGUGCGGAGCAGUCAGUGUACGUAUGUUCACCUAGCACAAUCCCGAUGCUACUUUCUGCAUGCUCAUUUCCCGGUGUCAAGGAAUCGCGGGAGCAAGGUUCCAGGCAUAAGUACCUGCAAGCACCUUGAAUAAGAACAUGAAUAUGAACAUGAAUAUGAA